AUGAUGAUUAAAUAUUUUGAAAUACUUGUUGAAAGAUUUCAAAACUUCUUUCAAAAAUAUUCAGUUAAACAACCUGAACAAAUAUUUCAUCAGAGACCAAUAUUUUCAAGAAAUGAUCUAGUUUCGUGUUUACAAGAUAAUGAAGACAUUAAUGAAUAUGAUAGGUUUGCUAGAAAUAUCGUAACACUUAGUUCAACAUUUGAUGUAACUGGAAGUAAUUAUUAUAAUAGCACAAGUGAAGAAGAAGAAAUUCAACCACAAUUACUUUCAAUUGAACAAAUUUGUUCACUUAUUGAUGACGAAUUAGAAAUUAUUAAUGAGAAUAAAAUAGAUACUCGAUUAGAUUCAAGAGAAAGUUUCCCUACAAUUUCAAAAGAUGAUAAUUUGAACACACAGUUAUCAAGACCUUGGACAGAUAAAUUAAAUUAUGAUAACAAUACAACUGGAUUACCUAAAUCAAGAAAAAUUAAAAUCAUAAAAAAGAAAAAAUCAUCUGUAUAUUAA